UCUACUCUAGCUUUGCAAUCUAUUCCGAGUCCUACAGGGUGCGGAAUAUAUAUUGGCCCAAACUCAGGAUUAGUACGCCAUCCUAGUCGCCGAACUCGAUGUAUGAUGACUACGACUCCAUCGUCCCUGACCAACCCGAGUUCUUCGUUCACUGCACCUCUCAAGAACAUCACCUCCAGGCAUGGCCACGCCGCUCAUCAUGUCGUCGCUGCGAGCGCGUCUCGCCAUUCAAGCCGAUAAGCUGCUCCGCGAAGCAUUCGUCUGCCGCAGAUGUAUGCAACACCAGGCCAAGCGAGCUCCUUCAACGUUCAAAUCAACACGGCAGACCCCAUUCUUGAAUGCAUUUCGCCAGUCAAGAGCGCAAAGCUCAGCGACCAUACCUUCGCCCUCAUCGCCUCUCGGAAUCCUUGGUCGCAAUAUGCGUGCGGAGCAGGCUUCCUUGACCUCUUCGACCGCUCCCUCGAAGUCCUCUUUUCCCGAAACGAGCUCGAAUGCCGUUGCAUACUGGCUGCUAGGCUCGGCUGCAAGCGUGUUCGGUAUCGUCGUCCUCGGCGGUCUCACUCGCCUGACAGAGUCCGGGCUCAGCAUCACGGAGUGGCGGCCCGUCACGGGUUCGUUUCCUCCACUGAACGAGGAAGAUUGGGAAAGCGAGUUCGGGCUUUACAAGCUCAGUCCUGAGUUCAAGAUGCUGAAUAGCCGCAUGAACAUGGAGGAGUUUAAACAGAUAUACUGGAUGGAGUGGGCACACAGGCUGUGGGGAAGAGUCGUUGGAAUUACGUUCUUGGUACCAACAGCAUACUUCAUCAUCAGGAGAAGGGUCAGCGCACCUAUGGCGAGGAGGCUGGUCGGUAUCUGCGGCUUGAUUGGGUUCCAGGGUAUGAUCGGAUGGUGGAUGGUGAAAAGUGGACUCAAGGACGACCUGUUCGAGACUGGGAAGCAGCCGCGGGUGAGCCAAUACCGACUCGCUGCACACCUGGGAACUGCAUUCGUGGCGUACCUCUGUAUGCUGACGAAUGGCCUGCACAUCUUGCGUGAGAACAAGCUUCUUAGGGAUCCCGCCGCUGGAGCGAAGCUGCUUGAGACUCUGCAACGGCCAGAGCUGAAGGCUUUCAGACGGCUCGUAGGAGGUUUAUCGAUUCUGGUCUUCAUCACGGCCAUGUCCGGAGCGCUGGUCGCUGGACUGGACGCCGGCUUGAUCUACAAUGACUUCCCGUGGAUGGGUCAAGGUAUUCUGCCUCCCAAGAAGGAGAUGUUCGAUCCUUUCUACUCUCACAAGCCGGAUCAGAAGGACUUGUACUGGAGAAAUGCACUUGAGAACCCAGUGCUGGUCCAGCUUGAUCACCGGAUACUAGCAACCACCACAUUCACCGCUAUCAUGGCGUUGUGGAGCUACAGCCGCUUCAGCCCUUCAGUCCGCGCAACUCUCCCGAAGGCCGCCAAAGGUGGCAUGCUCGGUGUCGUACACUUGGUCACUCUGCAGGUAGCGAUGGGCAUUACGACUUUGUGGUACCUAGUCCCUACUCCGCUGGCCGCGGCACAUCAGGCUGGCGCAUUGGCCCUCCUCACCGGUGUCUUCGUCUUGGGAAGUCGAGUAUGGGUGCCGAAACGCACAUUGAGGUUGGUCAAGCAAGCUCUCUCUGAGGCAAAGGUUGCACCGCUCGACUUCCACAGCCACAUUCGACAUCGCGAUCCUGCGGCGCGGUUCUCAGCAUCGCAGAAGCAUAUGCAAGCCGAAAAGUCCCAAAAGACCUCGAACGUGACUUCCGAGUCCUACCAGUACCAGCAAUCUCACCAGUCCAGCCAAUCCAGCAUGUCGUCCUCCGCAAUGACCAAGCAGCAGCCGAACGAGGUUGCCCGCAAGCAAGACGAGUCCGACAUCAUCGAGGAGACGGAGACGAACUCCAAAGCCAGCGCCAGUGCUGGACUGAACCUCAACAUUUUCGGCGCCAUCGCAGGUGCAUUUUCCUCCAAGUCCUCAAAACAGAUUGAAGAGGACGGCAGUUCGACCGAGACGAAGCAGGAAAACCUUGCUGCGAAAGGAGCCGGUGCAGGAAAUCUUGCAGCACGAGGUGCUGCAGAUGCGGAACAGCAAGGGCGACACAUGAAGGCUAUCCAGGACGACAAGGCAGCAUGAGUACGUAGAGAAGUGGACAAUUCAGUCCGCCCGAGAGCUCGACAACUCGCAGUGCAGCGACCGUACGCCCGUUCCAGCUCAUCCAGAAUCAUCAUCCAGAGCAGCCCACGCAGCUCGUUGCCUUUGCUUUCUCUCAUUGGUCGUGGUGUCCGUUGGAGUCCUCGUGUGGUGAUCUUGCUGCGCAGCCGUAGCGGCCACGUGAGAUAGCUCGCCCUCUCGUAGUCCCGCAAGCAGCUUGUCCACUUUCUCCUUUGACUCGUCCACAGCCCGUAUCUCGGCUCUCAUCUUCUCCACGCGCUCCUCCAUCAUUAGAAUCAGCGUCUCUCGUGCCUGAUGCGGUCGGUAUUGGUUGAUGAGGUCGUGCAUGUUGUACAUGAUGGUCUGAAGGUCCGCCACUCUAUCCUCAAAGAGUUCUGGGUUCUGACCGAGAAUGCCCGUGAGUGAGAGGAAGUUCGUGAGCAGCGAGCGAGCGAGACUGAUCAGAUGUGGUUGUGGGCUGAGUCGUACGGAAGGGUGCUGGGGAUAGAGCUGUUCGAUGCCAGCGGACUCGAGAGUGGCAGGUUUCUCGUGAAGGUCGAUGGCGAGUCCAAAGACUUUGUAUCUGCCAUCGGCAGGUGGCUCUGGUGGAAUUAGGUAUCGCAGGUCGGGAUCUUGCUCGUCGUCAAUGGGUCCAGAUUCGCGAUUCUGCUUCGCGCGCCUGACAUUUUGCCGGGUGAAGUGCUUCCAGAACGGGGGCGGCGCAGGAAAGAGCGCCGCUGUG